AUGUCGUCCACAUCUCGCCUCCGCAGUCUGAACAUAGACAAUAUCAAUCCCCACGUCAAAGCAGCCAAAUAUGCCGUUCGUGGCGAGCUCGCAAUCAAGUCGGAGGAGUAUCGUGCCCAACUAAAGCACAAAAACCCUCCUACACCGCCAGACUCACCGCUGCCAUUCGACACCGUCAUCUCCGCCAACAUUGGCAAUCCACAACAGCUUGAUCAGAAGCCAAUUACUUUCUUUCGACAAGUCCUCGCCCUUUUGGAGAACCCCGGUCUACUUGAGAAUGAGGAGGCUCUUAAGUCAAGUUUCAGUUACAAGCAAGAUACUAUAGAUCGUGCCCGGUGGCUACUCCGAGAGAUUGGCUCGGUUGGUGCAUAUUCACAGUCUGCUGGCGCCCCAGGAAUACGCCAGUCAGUAGCCGACUUUAUCGAACGACGAGAUGGAUUCCCCUCUGACAAGGACCAAAUCUACCUUUCUGCCGGUGCUUCUUCUGGCGUCAACACUCUUCUCCAUAUCAUUUGUGCGAACCCCAAGACGGGAGUCCUUGUCCCCAUUCCACAGUAUCCCCUCUAUACCGCCACGCUCUCCAUUCUAAAUGCCCGAUGUGUUCCAUACUACCUCGACGAAUCCCACGCUUGGGGUACGGACCUGAACGUUAUCAAAGAAGCGUAUGAUAAGGCAGUCAGUGAAGGCACCGAUGUUCGCGCAGUGGUCAUCAUCAACCCAGGCAAUCCUACAGGUGCAUCUCUCCCUGAGCAAGAUGUCGAAGCUGUGAUCAGGUUUGCCGCGGAGAAAAAGUUGGUUGUGAUGGCCGAUGAGGUGUAUCAGACCAAUGUCUUCGUCGGCAAAUUCCACUCCUUCAAGCAAGUCCUCUGCAAACUGCAAAAGGCUUCCCCGGGCACCUACGAUAAUGUGGAGCUUGCUUCUCUGAACUCUGUAUCCAAAGGUAUGGUCGGUGAAUGUGGACACCGUGCCGGCUAUUUUGAACUCGUGGGUUUCGACGAGGAGGUCCGAGCUCAAAUAUACAAGUUCAUCAGUAUCAUGCUUUGUCCUCCUGUGAUCGGGCAAUGCCUCAUGGAGCUUGUGGUGAACCCCCCAAAGGAAGGCGACCCGAGUUUCGAACUCUACAACAAGGAGUACAACGGUGUCAAGAAUGGGCUGAAGGAGAGGGCCCAAGCCCUGUAUGAAGCAUUUAAAGAGAUGGAAGGUGUUGAAAUCGGAGAGCCUCAGGGGUCGAUGUACCUCUUCCCAACCAUUCAUAUUCCACAGAAGGCUGUUGAAGCUGCAAAGAAAGCAGACCGUAGCCCUGACGAGUUCUACUGUCUACGACUUCUCGAUGCCACCGGUAUCUGCGUCGUCCCCGGAUCCGGCUUCGGCCAGAAGCCUAAUACUCUGCACCUACGAACGACUUUCCUAGCUCCAGGCACCGAUUGGGUGGGCCGUUGGACAACGUUCCACAAGGAAUUCCUAGAGAAGUACAAUUAG